AUUUUAGUUAUUUUUACAUCGAUAUAUAUCGAUGCAUUUUUAAGUCAAACUUGGAAGAGAACGAUAAGACAACGGGCGAUAAGACAAGUGAAGUUCGUUGUAGUUUAGAAAGACAUACUUUUUGUAACUAUUGUCUUCGAACGGUAAAAAAUCCUCGGGAUUGUAUUUAGAAGCAAUCAUUACAUCAUUCUAAUUGACACAAUCAUUUUAAUGACAUAAUUAUAAUAAUGAUUUAUUAGCAAGCUGCGUCAACGCAUAAGUCCGGUAGGCCCGCGUCCACGGCCUGCUCAGCGCGCCGCCACGCCACUGACGUCACCGCGACGUCCGCAGACCCAUCUGAUAACUCACCAGCUCACACAUCGCGUUCAAAGUAUUACACGCAGGUUUAGGUACAUCCUCACGUAUCAGCCACGUAUUCAAUCAUCGUUGAAAAAUAAAAACCGCCAUUGUACAUGUGGCAGAGCGUAGUGUCGGUCCGCAAGAGCAGGUAGGUGCCGUAAGUGGGUAGGUAGAUGAGUAGGUACCGCUAUCCUACCUAUUUCUGCCCAAAAAUAGUCAUGAGAUUUGUUUCACAGGGUGAGACGGCUGUUGUACAACACAAUUAAGACUUCGACCUCAAGUCUUACAGCGAGUGGCAACAUUUUUGUGGCUCCGGUAACCACUUAUCACCUGGUGAACGUUAGCGCGUUGAACCAUUUAUGCAACAAAAAUAUUGACUAAGCAGUUCUAGUGCUACAGACUCUCGGAUGUCCCAGCAUCCCAGUAGGGCCGUCGCUGUAAGGCACUCUUCUUAGACGACUUCCCACAAGCCAGUACUUCUAUUGGCUUCAAUGUCCGAUCUGAAUUGUAAACUUCACUUCCCACAGCCAGGAAAUAAAAACACGGAUUGCAGUAGUUCACUUGAUUCUGUAUUAGUCCACUUGUACAAUUUUUAGGUAUGUGUUCAUUACAGACUACACAUCUUUUUGCCCAUUUUUUCGUCUACCGCCUUUUUUUAUUAUGACUCGUCCUCACUACCGCUAUGGCUCCCACCAACAGCGUUGCCAUAUCGCAAUCCGAAAAUUGUCUAAUUUUAACACGAUAAAUAUUAUAUUAUAAUUAUUUUACAGACUUUACAUUUAUAGAUAUCAAUAAUGAUUCACAUAUUUUAAAAAUAUUAUCAAAAUAUUUGGCGAGCCCGUCAAACCCUACAGAUAACUCAUAGAUUAGCCUUAAUAAUUAUCUAGUAUGAAAAUAAAAAGCAGUAUAUAAGCUCACAAAGCGACGUGCUAUAGAGUAGGACUAACUCAGCCGACAUGCGAGUCGUGUACUUUGUAGGCGUCUUGGCUGCGUUGGCCCAGCACGUCAGGGCUGGCGACGCUACAGACGGAACCGAACUGGUUUCAACUUUUUUGGUACAUCGGCACGGCGACAGGACGCCGGUGGAGAUCACCCUGGCCAUGUCCACGGACCCCGCCGCGCUGGAGCAGGCCGCGGCUCCCUAUGGCUUUGGACAACUCACUGAGUUCGGUAAGAAGACCAGCUACAAAGUGGGAGAGUACAUCAAGUCACGUUACGGCGCUCUGCUCUCGGACCGAUACAACGCCUCCGAGAUCUUCAUCCGGUCCACGGACUCGACACGCACGAAGAUGACUGUCCUGACCGCGAUGGCCGCUGUCUACCCACCUCCUGAAGACAACUGGAGCUCAGAGAUUCACUGGACCCCCGUGCCCUACACCACCGUCCCACCUAAAUAUGACCAUAACCUGGCAAACCUCAACUGUCCGGAGUUCAUCUCGUUCUACUACGACCAGUUCAUGAAACCUUCCGAGAAGAUGGCCCCCUACCGCGACUUCCUGGCGAGAUGGUCUGAAAUUCUCGGUUUCGACCUCGUGCAGAUGCCCGCCCUGGCGUACAUGUUCUACGACGUAUACACUGCUCAGCUCGGGCUGGGCGUCCCGCUGGACGAGGCCACGGCGCAGAAGUUCCCCGAGAUCGAAGCGGCGGCCGGGGCGGCCAUCGACGUCGUGUUCGGAGAUGAAAACUACAUCGCGCUACAAGCGGGAGUGUUGCUGAAUGAGUUCUUGAAGGCGGCGGCGGCGGUGGUGGGGGGCGAGAGCGCGCGGCGGGUGCACGUGUACUCCGCGCACGACUACAACGUGUACUCCCUGAUGGCCGUCUCCAGGAUCAGUCCGCGACAAGGAGUGCCCAAGUACGGCUCCGUAUUCUCCCUCGAGCUGAGGAAGGUCACCGCGACCGGGAAGUAUGUAGUUUUGCCCGUUUAUCUAAGAUCUCCGUACGAGCAGAUCCAGUACCUGCAGGUGGAGGGCUGCAGCGCGCUGCUGUGUGACCUGGAAGAGUUUCAGCAGCUCACCUCCCGCUACGUGCUCGAAGAGGACGAGUGGAGGACGAAGUGCGGCUUCACGCACGACCUCGAAGUGGACGACUCCAGCAUUAACUAAGAGUGCUCAAGAAGGACGUCCCUCCCUUUUAAAAACGAGUGUUUGUUCAGUAGUGUCACCUCCGGUGCUGAAGCGGACCCCUGUGCAAUAAUCAUAUCUUUUUUACAAAUAAUAUUUAUUUAUUUAUUUAUUAAGUUGCACCAACAAAGUGAUCAUCAAUACAAAACAUUGACCAAUUGACAAAAGUUCAUGGCAGAUGUCACCUCAAUAUAGGUGCAAUCGACAGUGCAUUAACAAAAAAAAAAAAUAUACCUAUAUAUAACUAAGAUUUGAUUACAUUUCAUUCAUUGCUUAAGAUAAAUUUAUGUUUAAUGGGGAAAUGAUCCGCGACAGAUUUUUCCUGUAAGCUGUGAGACAAUUAGAAAAAACAUCUUUUUCACUUAAAAUUAGUUCAGCGCAAUCGGACAACUCCGAAGGAACAUUGACGGAGACCGUGCUACCCUGGACAUUAUUGUAGUCCCAAAGGAUUCUCUGAUCUAAUUAUAUGGGAAUGAAUAUGAUAGAGCGGCAACAGCACACGGGGCCGGCCCGACCCUGCUGUCGCCUGUCAGUCGGCCCACCGCGCGGUAAGCCACCCUCGCUGAGAGAACUUCCCUGUGUCGUUCCCUGUACGAGUACUCGCCCACUCGCGCACUCCUAUUGUUCUAAUGUUCAGAUCGGAACUCAGGCCUGCUCGGAUCAGAGGGACGGUUGUCCCUAGUACCCGCCUAGUCGUACGGGCCGCUGUUACUGCCACUGUCUAGCUUCGAUGAGAGUCUAUAACAUCCCAUUAUUCCCAUUACAUUCAGUACCUGACGAACCACCAUAGCAUGAUCUUCUGAUCCAUAAUCUCAGUGGCAACAAAACAUAACGAGUAAGUACAUGUUAGUGAUAUAUUCAGUAAAUAUUCUAGAUUACAGGCGUGUGACAGCAACAAAUAUUAAUGUAAGUUUUGAUAGUUAAUAAUUAAUUAAUUGUAUUCAUGUCAUCAAUGUGUUUGAAAAAUCUUUAAAGUUUUCACAAUGAAGCAAUCACAUAAACAUCACAAUGUUCAAGUAUUUUAAAUCAAUCCAGUUUACCGAAAUAAGCCAUCACUAGCGCUAUCUAUUGCAUGAAACACAAAUGUUUCGCGCGAAUUAUAACUAGAGUUGGCGUAUAAUAUUUGGUUGGCGAAAUCACUCGUAUUAGUUUACUAAUAUUACGCUAGAUGGCAUUAAAAUAAAAAAAAACAAAUUCAUUUUCGAACUGUAAAUACUUGAUAUUAGUGUAUCUUCAAUACGUGAAGGAAAAACUUUGUACCCUUUUUACGAAAAUUGCGCGGACGGAGGAGUAUGAAAUUUCCUACACUUAUAGAGAAUAUAGAGAAAGAGUGCAGAAUGUUAAUAUUUUUUUAAAUUAUGCCUAAAAAUACAUUAAAUCAAUAAAUAAAACAUUACACAGCUAUCAUGUAUUUGACGCACACACGCAUGCAUACUAUUUAUUUAUUGUCAAACUUUUGUUCUUGACGUCUGUGGUCAAAUUGAGAAUAGAUUAAAAAUAUUGUUUGUCUUUGUUAAUAUUUUUCUAUAGUGUAGAGUUAGGCAAUCGCCUGAUGCCCGUAUUUGCUGAAUGCACAUCGGAUGACCCCGUGCGUCAUAACAGAAACUGCACCAUUGCAGAUUUAGCAAUAAGUUUACUUAAUAAAUAUAUUGUAAUUGUAAAUUAGUCUUGUAGUACAUUCAAACGAAUAAACAUCGUUUUAAUUAAAUAAA